AUGUCUAACAAUAAUCAAAGACAACAACAGCAAGCACCACUACCAUCGCAACAACAAACACGAGGUGGUAGUGGUGUUUUAGGGGGCAAUCAAUCAAAUUAUAGAAGAAAUCAAUCAAAUGAUAGGCGUCAUCAAUCGAAUUAUAGACGCAAUCAAUCCAAUGAUAGUCGUUAUCAAUCAAAUUACAGACGUAAUUAUUAUAAUGACAAUAAACGUCGAAAUUAUCAUAAUAAUCAUUGGAAUGAUAAUCGUUAUCGAAAUCGUUCUCGUUCUUAUUAUCAUCCACCAUAUUAUAAUGAAAAUCGUCGUUAUUAUCGUCAACGAACCUUUUAUAAUCGACGUCGUUCACCAUAUAUUAAUCAUAAUCGUCGUUCUUACAAUCAAAAUUCUUAUCAUCAACGACCUUAUCAAAGUCGUUCUCGUUCUCGUUCACCAUAUAUUAAUACAAAUCGUCGUCAUAAUAAUAAUUAUAAUCAACGAACACGUUAUAAUGAUAAUCGACGACAAAGAUCAUCAUCAAGAUCUACAGGUAAUCGUCGUCAACCAAGUCAAAGAAUAAUGGAUAAUGAUAAUAAUGAUAAUCAACCAGAUGAUGACAAUAAUAAUAAUCAACCACAACAGCAACAACAAUCAACAACAAGAAGAACGACAUCAGGCUUUAGACGUCGUCAACGUCGUAAUCGACAACAGCAAUAUCAUCAACAAAAUAAUAAUAAUGAUAAUGAUUAUAAUAGUAAUCGAUUUGCUGUACUUGCCAAUCUUGAUGAUAAUGACAAUAACAACAACGAUGAUAAUGAUUAUGAAGAUAACAAUUAUAGUAGCAAUAAAACGAAUAAAAAUAAACAACAACAAAAAAAGAAGAAAUCAUACUUUUAUCUUUCACGUGAUCAACUUUGGAAACAUGUCAAUAAAGCUCGAACAAGUGAAUUUUAUAAAUUAUUACAAGAUAAUCGAACUUAUGACAUUACAAAGUAUUAUUUACUUAAUGUAGCUCCUGUCUAUGAUGAAUGGAUACGUACAAACCAUGAAUUUAGAUUAUGGAAUGCCUAUAAACAAUUAGGUGAAAAUGAUAAUUUUUGGGCUAAAGAAAUUAUUAAUCGUAUGAGAUCACGACCAGAUAAAGUUGAAAUUAAACCUUUUGUUGAUAAGAAAAUUAAUUCUUUACAAUUAAAACUCGAUGAAUGUUCAGUAAUAAUUAACAAGUUACAACAAGAAUUUGCUAAUUAUUGGUCACAAGUAGCAUUUCCUAAUAAACAAACACAAUUUUCUACAAUGGCUACAAGAGAAAGUACAACAGCACGUCCUGCUUCUUCAUUUGAUUUUGUUAAAAUGGAAAAAGAAUUAUCCGAUUAUAUUAAUAAUCAUACAAAACAUGUUAAGAAGAAUUGUGAUACACGUCUUCAAAUUGCCAAUAUAGAAAAAGAAGAAUAUCAAGCUCUUCAAAAUUUUAAGAAUAUGGCAGAAAAGAAAAUAAUAUGGAAUUUUCAUUUACUUUUACAAUCAAAAUUAACUAAAUGGGAUAAUAAGAAUAGAAAUUUUCAUAAAAUACAAAAACGUAUGGAAUAUAACUUACUCCCAAAAUUUAUUGAAAAACAUGAUUUUACAUUUAAAAUUGAUACAAAAGUUUUUGAACAAGAUGAAAUACAAUCUAUUUACAAUGGAAUGCGUGAACUUACAAAUUCAUUUAAAAAGCAAUCAAUGGAAUUUUAUUAUCAAGUAACUGCUCGUGAAUUAAACAAUGUUAGAAAUGAAAUUGAUAUUAUUAUAGAAAAUUGUCGUCCUAGUCCACCAUCUGCAUUGAACCUUACUGUCAAUGAAGAACAAAAUGAUGCACAAGAAAAUCAAGAAAGUGAUGAUGAUAAUAAUAGCAAUAAUAGUAACAAAGAAGAUAAACAACAUUUCGAAGCAUUUGAACUUUAUUAUAAAUUAUGCAUGAAACGACAUCAAUUACAAGCUGAACAAUCAAACUGCCCCGGUUCCAAUCCCGUCGUCGGCAAUAAUCAUGGACCAUUCGGUCCAAAUAUAAUCAAUCAAGCAUCAAAUAUUCAAUUAAAUGAGGAUGAAUAUCAUAUUCUUAAAUUAGGUCCAAGAUUUAUUUUCAAUGAUCCAAAGAUAGCAUCUCAACGGCGAACCAAAGAAUUGUCUGCAUUAAAAAGAAAACUUGAAAGUCGUUUUCAUGAAAAGAAAGUCAAUCCCGGUCGUCCUGCUCAAGAAUUUAUAAAUGAAUUAGAUUUAAUUCUUCAAAAUUACCAUGAUAUUCAUACAAAUCCUCGUUUACCUGUUUCAAAAAGAAAAAAUUAUCAUAGAAUUGUUAAACGAUUAAAAUAUAAAUUACGUCUGGCCAAUGUUAUAUUAAGAAAAACUGAUAAAUCCAAAGUCUUCCACUUAGGAACUUCCGAACAUUAUGAUCAACAAUCAAUUGAAUAUAUGGAGAGAACAAAGGCUUAUGAAUGUAUUGGCUCAAUUGAUCCAUUACCAAAAUUAAUUCAACAUACGAAUAAAUAUUUACUUAGUUUACGUCUUAAGAAAUGGAUUUCACAAAAACAAUAUGAACAAUUGUGCCUUAAACAAACAGAUGAUAUUGAAUUAGCACAUCUUUAUUAUUUGCCAAAGGCACAUAAGCCCUCGACUCCACUUCGUCCAAUUAUCUCUGGCCUUAAGCACCCAACAUUAAAAAUUUCCAAGUACUUAGAUGAUCUACUAAGACCUUUAUUUAAUCAAAUGGCUUCUAAAACAACUAUUACUUGUGGCUUCGAAUUGAUCAAACAUCUUCAAAAAUGGUCAUCAACUAAUUUACACAAAGGAACAAGUUUAUGUACCAUUGAUGUUGUUGAUCUCUACACUAUGAUACCCCAAGUUGCCGGUGUUAUGGCAUUAAAGAAAAUGUUAAAUCAUCUACAAUUACAACAAACUGGUGGAUUAACUACAGAUACCAUUGUACAAUUAGCAAGAUUUGUCAUAGAAAACAAUUAUUUUAAAUAUAAAGAUGAAUAUUACCAUCAAAUUCGUGGAGGAGCAAUGGGCUCUCCUCUCACCCUUACUAUUGCUAAUUGUUAUAUGUUCUUCUUCGAACAAUCUAUUAUUCGGCAAAUCACAAAUAGUCAUGGCUUAUAUUUUCGUUAUAUUGAUGAUAUAAUCAUUAUAAUCAAUUGGCCCAAUCGACAUUUACAAAAAGAAGUUAAUCGAUGGAAUACUUAUGAUGGAAAUAUACAAUUAUCUGAUACUAUUAGCAAUUGCAUCAAUUUCCUCGAUCUUCAUAUUGAAAAUAAAAAUGGUCAAUUAAUUACCAAUGUGUUUACCAAGCCAUCAUAUCAACCUUAUUUUUUGCCUUUCAAUAGCAUUCAUCCUUUGCAUAUAAAAGCAAACAUACCAUUUACAAUGUUAUUACGUGCCAUUAGAUAUUGUUCAACGUUUCAAUCUUAUUUACAAGAACGUGAUCAUCUACGAAUGGCUUUACUUCUUAACCAAUAUCCGAUUAACUUUAUUGAUCAACAAUUUAAUCGUCUUCUCGUAAAAUUCAAUAUUCUUCAACCAUUAACUUCAACUAAUUAUGAUACAAUUCGUUUACAAAUAAUCAAUAGUCCGAUUAAAAUUAAAGAACCAAUUAAUUAUGGUCAAUCUAUGUUUAUUCAUUUUACUUAUUGUUCCAGUAUGAAAUCAUUCCCACAAAACUUUCAUCAUCUUUGGAACAAAUACUUCUCUGAAUCACCAAUUAAUGAUGUUACACGAAUCUUGGGUACUCGUAACGCUGAUAACCUACAACAACGUCUGGUACAAACACGUGAUUCAUGA